AUGUCCCGGCUUAUUCACCUGCACUUCCUCACAAUCCUCCUCCUGACCAUCUCGUCCAGCUCAGCGGCUGCCGAUGACUGUCCAACGCUUCCGUCGACUUGUGUCUGUAACAAGGAGGCCACCGGUCGAUUCUCGAUCACUUGUGAUGGCGCUCAUCUACCCAGCCUUUUCAAGGAUAUCGGCACGACAAGUAUCGAGCGAUUACGGGUCUCCAGAUGUGCACAACCAGUGUUGGACGUGCUACCGAAAGCCUCGAUUCGUUCGUUGGCGUUGACCAACUGUCAAAUCGCCACAAUUGACCCGAAGGUGUUUCGAAGUGUCGAAUCGUCGCUGGAAGAGUUGAGCUUAACGAACAACAGUCUAACAAAUGUUCCGCUCUUUGGAAACAUGUCCAAACUAAUAUCGUUGAACUUGUAUGGAAAUAAGCUGAAAGAUAUUCCUGAAGGGGCAUUCGAGGGACUGUCACAACUACGACUGCUUCGGAUAGAAAAUAAUGAGAUCUGUUCAUUAUCAACGAAUUCAUUGUCGGAAGUUAAGCAGAAACUCGAGCUGCUUGAUCUCAGCGGCAACUGUUUUGCAACGAUACCGGCACAAAGUCUGCGAAAUAGUGUCAAGUUGAUGUAUCUCGAUCUGUCCGACAACAAAAUCUCAGAGAUCAACAAUUUCGAGCUGAUGAAUCUACCCCAGUUGAAGGAACUUCGUCUACAGAACAAUCGGCUUCGUGAGAUACACCCGAUGGCGUUUAUGAAUGUUCCACAGCUGCAAUAUCUCUACAUGAGGGACAAUCUAAUUGGAAGUUCUGGACGGGAAUCGUUUGCAGGCUUUCCAUCGUCUCGAAAUACUCGAUGUCACCAACAACCUUCUACAAAAGGUAGGCUGGUUUACGCCAUGCACUGCACUCUUACUAAGUUGCCGGAGUUGAAAGAUCUGACUAGUCUGAAACAAGUUCGUUUGGACGGUAAUUUGAUCGAGAAAAUCGAGACACUUGCUUUCUCCAACAAUCCGAACCUUCAAUUGAUCAGCAUACAGAAUAACAACAUCGUCCAAGUCGCUAGAAACAGUUUCGAUUCGUUGGAUCAGUUGAUGGUUUUGCUGCUGUCGAACAAUUCGAUACAGACUAUUGAAAGAGGAAUGUUAGGACGGAAUGCGAAACAACAACUGAACCUUCGCAAUAAUUCCUUGACGUCAAUCGAUGAGUACACAUUCGCUUCACUACGUUUCUUGACAACUUUGGAUUUAGCGCACAAUAGCUUGUCGAAAAUCGCCAAGAGAACCUUCUCACAUCAGACGAAGUUGUUUUGGUUGGAUUUAUCCAAUAAUCAGCUGACUGGUUUUGAAGAAGGGACAUUCGACACGAAAAUAGCUAACCUUCUUCUGGAUGGAAACCCAUUGAUAUGCGACGACGAUUUCGAUUGGUUUGUUCGAUAUUUGGUCACAAAUCGGAUACGUACCUUCCUGCCGUUCCAGCCCGAAAUCACCUGUGCGGGUCCAGAAAAAUAUGCUGGUGUG